CACUGGUCGCGCUUCUCAACCUUUGAGAUAAGAAAAUUUAAAAAAAGGAGUGAUGUUCCUCUAAGCUCAUCUCACGGAUCUUGCACCUCUCUCUCUCUCCUCUCUCUCUCUCUCUCUCUCUCUCUCUCUCAUUAUUGUGUAUAUAUUGUUCCUGUAGAAACACAAGGAAGUCCAAAGAAAUGGCUUCUUGGAAGAAAACCAUCACCACCCCAUUUAGGAAAGCCUGCACUUUCUUCAAUCAACAGCCAAAAGAGAAGAAGUCCCAAGAAGGGCAGGAGAAGAGUGUCAUGGAUCUGCAGGGUGAGGUGAUGGCAUGCGCAUAUGAGGAUGUUCAGGUGAUGUGGUCAAUCUUGGACAAGUCCAAGGCUCCACAUUGCAACAUGACUUCUUGAUUUAGCCUCUCUCCAUUGCCCAACUCCCCCGCCCCCCCACACCCCCACAUCCCCCCCCAUCCCCCCCCCGUCCACAAAAUCACUCUUAUGUGAAUUUUGUGUAUGUAGUGUAGUGUUUUCGAGUCUCUGAUCUUGCAAAUCCAUCUGUACAUGCUGUGCUGGUAUUCACCUUGUGGGUGUGUUUCAGAAGGCGUGGCAAGAUGAAGAAAGACCCAAAAUGAAGGAGAAACAAACACAUAAAACUUAAAAAAGAAAAAAAGAGGGAGGGAGGGAGAGAGAGAGAGAGAGAGAGAGAGGGAGAGAUGCCCCCUUCUAGUGCCUGAUUUUGCUGUGUUUCUCUUUUUCUUUGGGUGGUUUUGUUGUUGUUGGAGUCAUGUUAGGUGAUUAGGGAAUGAAUCCCCAUGAUUAGUGUGAAAGAUCAUGGCGAGAUUUUAAUGGAGAAAUUUGUCUUUGAUGCACGGAUGAAUAUGCUCUUUUCUUUUU